CUCCUAGACUGUUUUGUCAUCCCAGUGGUGAUACUGCUCUCCUGGUUCUUCUUACUGGUACGAUACAAGGCAGUACAUUUCAUUGGGAUCGUGGUCUGCAUUCUGGGUAUGGGCUGCAUGGCAGGAGCAGAUGUCCUUGUUGGGAGACAGCAAGGAGCAGGUGAAAAUAAACUGAUAGGGGAUCUCUUAGUACUGGGCGGAGCAACGCUAUAUGGCAUCUCAAACGUUUGUGAGGAGUACAUCGUCCGAAAUCUGAGUCGAGUGGAAUUCCUGGGCAUGAUUGGACUCUUUGGCUCCUUCUUCAGUGGAAUUCAGCUUGCAAUCAUGGAACACAAAGAGCUGUUGAAAGUUCCCUGGGAUUGGCAAAUAGGCUUGUUGUAUGUCGGCUUUAGUGCCUGUAUGUUUGGCCUCUACAGCUUUAUGCCAGUGGUCAUAAAGAAAACCAGUGCUACUGCUGUCAACCUCUCCCUGCUGACAGCUGACCUGUACAGCCUCUUCUGUGGAUUAUUCCUCUUCCACUACAAGUUUUCAGGACUUUACUUGUUGUCAUUCUUCACUAUCCUUGUUGGGCUGGUGCUCUACUCCUCCACGUCCACCUACGUAGCCCAGGAUCCUCGGGUGUACAAGCAGUUUCGAAAUCCUUCAGGACCUGUUGUAGACCUGCCAGCCACCGGCCAGCUGGAGCCUUCGGUCACCUACACCAGCCUGGGGCAGGAGACGGAAGAGGAGCCUCAUGUUAGAGUUGCUUAA